AUGGGAAAAGACGAUAACCACGGCAAGGCCAUGAACGUGGAGGACGCUGUAGGUAACAGUGCCGGUGUCCUGCUAUACGACAACCAUGGAAAUGUGCGAAACCUGCCAGUUCCAUCAUGCGACCCAAACGAUCCCCUCAACUUUGGGAUCUGGCGACAGCGCCUCGUUCUCUUGGCGGUCUGUAUGUAUGGCAUCGCUGGAUUCGGUGUCAUUCAGUCAACGCCGCUCUUCUUUGGAAACCUCAUUGCUGAAUAUAUGAAGGAAACGCGAGGUACAUUCCAUCCCGACCGUAUUGCAGACCUUGCUAGUUAUCCUUCUCUCUGCAUGGGCUUGGGAAACUUCUUUUUCGUUCCUUUGUCCAUGGCACUCGGUCGCCGCUUCGCCUUCAUCUUGAGCAAUAUCAUAUUUGUGGCAUCGAUCAUCUGGGCUGCCAAGUCGCAGACGUUUGAGUCUCACCUUGGAGCACGUUGCUUGCAGGGUCUCACUGCGGGUAUUUCGGACUGUUUGCUACCAAUUAUCGUCCUCGACAUGUCAUUCCUCUAUAAGCGAACCGCAAGACUCAUUGCCUACUGGGCUUUGACCGCCAUCGGGUCGUCUAUACUUUUGGUCCCUAUCCCCUUCAUCGUCGAGAACGCAGGCGGCAAUUGGAGACUCAACUAUUGGUUCUGGCUAGCUUUUGCAGUAUUUGCCAUGAUCCUCAUCAUCUUCUGCGUCCCCGAGACCCUCUUCAACCGUCGCGCUGCCGAACUUAGUGGAAGAAUUCAUGCGACGGACGCCUACGGUACUCAUCGAACCUUUGCUUCGCCACAAGCAGCCCGCGACGCUGGCUUCGACAUUGACGAUGCUCAGUCGGAGAAUCCCACAGAGCUCUCUUAUAAGCGUCAGUUCGCACUUUUUACAGUUCAGCCGUCGCCUGUUGCCCGGUUCCUCGGUGCAUACAAAGAUAUGUUCCUCUGCAUUCUUAUCCCAGGGACGCUUUGGGUUCUUCUCUUCAACAGUAUGGUGUUCGGUGGUCUUGUUGUACUCAGUUUGACCUACGCACAACGCCUUGAAAUGCCACCCUGGAAUUUCUCCCCCGAAACAGUUGGAACGGUCCAGGUUGGAGCAGCUAUCGGGGCACUCUUUGGUCUAGGAUAUGGAGAGUUAGCAGAACCCAUCAGUCGCUACUUGACCAAGAGAAAUGGCGGCGUUCGAGAGCCUGAGCAUGUCUUACCGAACUUUAUUCUCCCAGCGAUUUUCUGUUUUCUGGGCAUGAUCAUCUAUGGCGUCGUGGCUGCGGAUCCAACGCAGUACAGCUGGGUAGGCAUGCAUGCAGCUUUCGCCCUGUUCUAUUUUGGCUUCUGCGCUAUCUCGGCUGUGACUGGAGUUUGGUUGGGAGAGUUGCUGCCGCAUAUGUCGGGACCUGCAAUUGUGCUCACUUGCGGAGGAAGAAAUGCUAUUUCUUUUGGAUACAGUCACUCGUUCAAUUCUUGGAUCAGCGCGAUGGGUAUCAGAGAUACUUACAUACUGUUUGGAGGCAUCCUUUUUGCAUUGGGGUCUCUUGCUAUUCCCUUGUACUUCUUUAACGGGCGGAUUCGUCGGGUCAUGGAGAAGAUGACGUUUAUUGGUACUUGUUGA